AUGGCUUCAUCUAUGGAGACUGAUCAAACUCUAAAACUCGAUAAAUAUGCUCGAGCUCCAUUCCUAGUUCGAGACAUUGCUGAAGAUUUCGCACUACCUCGUUUAGCAGUUGGAGAAAUAGACCGAAUAUCAGGCA